AGUGUGGCCAAGGCUGUAGCUGUACAACUACAGGUAUUUACAGCUCGUAAAAAGGACCUGCAGAUCAUUCGAAAGUAUAGCAGAAGAUUGGCAACGAAUUAUACUACAGUGGAGUAGAACGAAAUGUCAAACCCUGCGGGGAGCAGCUCCGCUGUACCAGCGGCGGCGGGGCGACCAGUGCUGAAAUUCAGCGCAACGGUAUCGUCUGCAAAUACUUAUCUGAUCCCCAUCUUGAGAAUCUGGCUUUGGAGAUUACCUCUACGUCCACGCUGCAAACGCAGUUGCAGACGAUGGGAUGUGCUACGCUCCUGCUGCAAGACUGAGUACUACUGUCGGUGCAGUUUCAAGAAAUAGAGAACUUCUACCCGCCGCCCUCUAGUUGUACUUCUAUUUUGCAUCACAAAUUCGCCGCCACGGCUUAUGGCUUCUAUCUUGCAUGACCAGGAGCACACGUCAACACGCGGAAGACGAUGGCAUGAUAACAAAAUAUUUGCAGUGCAUAUACGGAAGUGAAGUUCGGGCAACAAAUCAAGGGUGAGACCAAGCCGUUCGACCUGUCUAAACCCUUCGGGCUCGCGCCGCCAAGUGGUAAUCUUAAAUUAAUUAACUUGUCAUGCAGAGCUUGCAUGAAGGUUGCAUUUUGUCAUGCACAAACCACAUCAUAAAUUUAAAAAAUUAUCCACCUAGGUGUCGCGGUCGCCAAUGCGCCAACGCCAGCGGUAAAACCAGUGUUGCAAGUGGCCGGGAAAGUUUCCUACCCGAGAUUAAACGUACUGACUUAUAUAUCUAUGCAAGAAAAAAACUGUGUAAGUGUAAAUCUGUGAUGCAGAAAAUGCCAAACAGUUACACUCGUCAUGCUCGACAUGCAUGACCGGCUCGCUUCCUAUGUGUUUUCCCUUCGUAUCUGCGUAUGACAAGUUUGUCCCGUCAUGGCAGACAAACUUGUGAUGCUCAUGCUGUUUUCCCAAAAGACUUACACUAACACGGUUUUUUUCUUGGAUAUUAUCAUGAUGAUGGAUCGAUUUCUGUUUUAUCAAUUUCCAUUCACUUCACACUUUACUUCACUUAAUUUACGAAGAAAUCAAAGUUCUGUCAGUUUGUCUUCGCUAUCAUGCUAGUACUAUUUUUGCCCGCCUUCCGUGAAAGAAAGUGAAAGACGAAGACCACCUUGUCUCAACAUCAAACAAAAGGUAAAAAUAUGAAAUGCAAAAAUGUCUGGGUCUGGAAGAAAUCAGACAUUUGUCAUGCAUUUUCUACAUCUACAAAAAGGUCUGGAAUGCACACAGAGCAUGACAAACUCUGUGGAGGCUUCUCCAUGUCUAUUCCGCAUGACAAAUGCCCUCUUCUGGAGACAAAAUUCGGGUACCUUUUGCUGACUACGCAAUACAGAUUUUUGCCUGUUGCUGUUCCAGAAUCCGCAUCACAAGUUCGCAUCCUUGCAGACCCAGACAUUUUUGCAAUCCAUAAAAAAAUCUCGCCGCCCCGGGUUUAGUCCAGCCACAGUUUCAAGGGCCAGACGGGAAGCCCGCCGUGCCAGCCCCGGACGCAGGCACCACCAUCCGCACAAAAGUAAUCCGCGCCCCAUCGCUGACGGUACGACCCGCGGUGUUGGCGACCAAGGUACCAAGGAAUCAGUCGCUUCUGGGCACCCGCGUGAGCCUCGGGAAGGCCCCGGUUUUGGGUGGAGGGGAGCAGUUGGCGCCCAUGAUAAUCGGCCAAACAGAAACGCACGACAUUGUGGAAGCAGGUACAGUUUUGUAGAUCUAUUUUAUCUCUACUGUCAUGAGCUAGAUGGAAGCGCCUGCAAGGGUCUUUGUCACGCAUAAGCCUGAUAGCCUCAUGACUAAUAGCGAAAGUUAAAGUUGGCAAUGUGCUUACAGUAAUUUUUUCAAUACGCGAUGUUUUUGAAAUAGGGUCCCUAGUCGCACACCGGGCGCGGCACUCUCUAGUGCGCGCUUCAGACGUGCAUAAAGAGGACCUCGCAGCAGGUGGGAAUGAAGACAAAGAAGAAAAGAUCAUCGGCCUCAACCGAUUUUCUAUCGUCGCUCCUGAGGAUAUGACAGCGCACAACUCCUCGCUCUCGUCCCACUGGGUCCCUCGUCACGAAGGGCAUAAGAAAUUUUUGCCAGCAUUGGAAAGAACAGCAGUGGCAAUUUUUCCUUGCCGGGACAACUCCCUUCUGUCGUCGCAAAUUACGACCAUGCAGGGCAGUACAUCUGACAGACUGGAACUGGAUGAUCGGAUUUUAGCAUGACAAAAAAUUGGGGCCCCGGGGAGUGGUUGCGGAGUUCGGUUUUUGUGCACUGUCAUAGCGGAGCUGCCGACACCACCGAGAGAGGGUAAAAUUCGAAAAGUUUUCCAUAUAGUUCGCAAAAGAAGUUCUUGUGAUGCGCAAAUGCUCUUCGAGAUUCUGUACCGUGCAUGACAAACUACCUCAACAGAUGCCGGUGAGCCAGUGGACAAGGAAGCCAACUACGUCCCAGAAGUAUCAGAUGGGAGAUGUUACUUAUCGUACAAGCAGAUUUAGUUAGUAAAUCUGUCAUGCCGGUUGGCACAUGUACAGUGCCAUGUGUCAUGCGGAAUUGUCAGCAUGGAUGAAUGGAAGUAACUGCCGUUCUACAUAGGACCGCAGCAUAACAAAUCUGCUAUAUGUAGGGUUUUCAGCAUGACACCCACCGGUGGAAGAGGAUAACGCGGUAGUGCUGGAAAAGGACGAGGCGCCCCUGAAAAUCUUGGAGGAAGUAUGGGAGAGAGACAGAUAAGAUUUGUCAUGCGAACUGGCACAACGUGGGGAAAUCUGUCAUGCGGAGUCGCAUAAGAAGUGUGGGUACGGGUAGAUUUGCAUUUGUCAUGCGUACGACCGUCAUAUUCCGCGUGGGCAGAUUUUUUGUCAUGCGGAGCCGCGGCGUACUAUGCGGCAGACGCAGAUCGUUUAUUGUGUAAAUUACUUGUCAUGUUGCCAAAUUCAGAAAAGUAAUCAAAGUCAACUGUUUCUGUCCCAUAUAAACCGCAAGACCCGUCGGCGCAGCCGCCGCCCCCGGCGGAGGAAGAGGAAGCCAAAGAGGACGAUGCUAAGGAGGAGGUGAAGGAGGAGUGAAAUACUUAUAUGAUUUUCAUUACUCCAGAAAUGGAACUUCGCCGACCUCGACGCAGGUUUUGAAUAAGUAUUCAACAACGCUUUUUGAUUAAAGAAUCGCAGCAAAUUACUAUCAAUGGCCUGGUAGAAGGUGAUAGAGACCUUUUUUGGCGAAGAGAGUAUGUAGUACGAGGAGGUUUUUACUACCUAGCUAAGACGAGGAGAGCGUAGACGAGCAGCCUGGUUAUUUUACGUCAUUUAUUACGUCGCUGCUGGUCCACCAACACCGUAGGGAUGAAAAUACGCAAAAUUACACAAUUUUUUCACUAGUAGAACAAAUACGUUCGCAGAUACUAAGCCUGUGAUUGUGAACAGAGGAUUAUAGAACAAGGCAAAGCAAUUUCAUCAACACGGAACGUUACAACGUCAAAUGAUUCCGAAAGAAGAGCGAGAUUUUACUCACCCGAAGUUUUUUACAACAACAUUGAUUGUUUUUUCGAGGAGAAGUCGCCGUUUUUUUUCGCUGUGGUACUACAACUAUUUGCAGAGGCGGAUGAUUACCACGGCUAAGGCAGCUAGAACGAACGACGUCUUUGCAUGUUGUGCAUAGAACCGGUCUGGUUGUUGUUGUGGGGACCACGGUGAAAGAGCAAACCAUUUAUGCACAAUCAACGAGACUAGCUCGAUUGUAGCAGUCGAGAAAGUUAGUACACGAUGCUAAAGAUACAAGACACAAAAUUACAGCCAGUGCCAGGAAGAAAAUCAUAAUUCCCACCGAGAGAUGAGGCUAUUUCAUCUAACACCGCUUUUGUUUAUUUGAUAGUGGGUAUAUAGAGUCAGCCGGUGAUGACUUCUGCUGUUUUUUGUGAAGGGAGGUUUUUGCAGUUGGCAU